AUGGACGAAGGUUUUAUCAACGACGAGGUCGACUAUAGCGUCGAAGACGACAGCUAUACCGACGACCAACUCCCUACCAACUACGAGAGAGUUUCUGCUCAGGUACAGCAGGAAACCCCUUCUAGCUGGGGCGACGACAUUCCAGAUACCGUCAAGGCUAUGCCUGCUCCUACUAUCGUCACGGGUACACCUAGAGUCAGCGGGGCUGCUCAGAAGGAAACCCGGGCGGAACAAAGUACUACGAAGCCCAACGAGGCGGCGCGUGUUGCACGAACUCGGACCACUGAGGAAAUCCUCAAGUGUGGACGUUGUGGUACCAACGCGCAUGGACAGGGCCGAGGAUGCCCUUGGUUGGAAGAAGUAUUGAGGAGCGGCGCCCUCACUCGGGUCGGAACGGACGACAACUACGACCUGAUCCGAUUGGACCUUGCCGAACCUUUAUCUUUGAACCGGUACAUCUCCAAUCAUAAGGGGGCACCGAUCAAGAGUACUAAGGAAGCAUUCGAGUUGAGCUGCCGGAGCUACUCGAUGAACUCGGUUAAGGCCAUUCCGAAGUGGUACCGAUUCGAAGGGCAGAUUCCAUCCUUGCUGGGAAGGAUGAGGACUACGAUUGACUCAAGGGCCGGGGUUCCCUUGAGGGUGAACGAGAAUACGAGGAUCGAGAGGGCUGCGCCGUUCUACGGAGGCGUCGGGCCUAGCUCGGUUCCCCGUCUGAUGACUGGCAGAACUCCCGCUCGACCGCUCGCGGAGAGGAUCACGCCUGCUGGUAGUGGACGCUGGAGAGACGAUCGUCUUGAUAGGCACGAACACCGACCUGUAACCGUUACUCAGGAGGUUAUGCGAGGACCUACGCCGGUGUUCAUUACCUCCAAGACCGAUGACAACUUCAUCCUUACCGAUUCAACUGGGAAGGAUUACUUGUUGAACCGUGGGACCGCUUUAGCGACUGAGGACAUCGCAGGGAAGAAGAGAACGACUUGUGGUGACAGGAAUCUAUCGGCCCCGACGGUCGCCUACUUCCUACAUCCGCGGUUCGCUCUCGACUACCUCGACCUCGCCGCUGUUGGUCACGGUGGAUUACUAGACGGCAGCUGA